CUAACAUCAACUAUAUGCAGCUAUUGAACAGCCGGCUGAACGGCAGCGAGCCGAGGCCCUCUGACACUACUUUGCUCCGACAGAAAAUUUGCGAGCUCUUGUCCUCGCGGACAAAAGUGUUUUUGGGAGCAAGUGCGCCGCAGUUUGUUAGUUUCUCCGACAAUGGAGCAAACCUGAGCUGUACAGGAGAGGAAAGGUGUGUGAGGCGAGGGGGGGGGCAAAGGGUGGCGAGGGGAGAGAGGGGGGGUUGCAACUCAUCCAACCACCGACAAGUUGUAGUGGGGAUUUUCGCUUUGCUUUACUUUCGUUGAUGGCCAGAACUGACGUCGGCGCUACAUGAAAGCCCCCCCCGACGAGAGGACGAGCCGCCGCGCAGCAGAGGAGACGCAUUUAGACGAGCUAACGGCUACAUCGCGGACACGGCGCCGAGAGGAUGUUGUCUCGGCUUAGUGAGCAGAUAUGGGCGGACUGGAUUUGGUUUCCUGAAGGCCACGGUUGGGCUGACCUGACGGACCGCGAUGGGCAAGUUUUCCCCAAAACACAGGACCUGUGGGCGACUAUACCCAUCGCACUGUGCUUCCUGGUCUGCAGGCAGAUAUUUGAGAGGACGGUAGCGACUCCUUUCGCCGCCCUUUUGGGAGUGAGUGACAAGCAGCGUUUUCGUGCUCCACCAAACCCCAUCCUGGAGUCCUACUUCUGCAGCACAUCAAAGCAUCCCACACAGAGCUCCAUAGAGAGUUUAAGCAAACAGUCGGGCUGUUCGGUGCGACAGGUCCAGAGGUGGUUCAGGCGGCGGAGAAACCAGGACAGACCCAGCAAGCUCAAAAAGUUUCGGGAAGCAUGUUGGAGAUUUACGUUUUACCUUCUUGCUUUCUUUGCUGGCCUGGCAGUCCUUAUUGACAAACCAUGGUUGCAUGAUAUGAAGCAGAUGUGGGACGGCUUCCCGAAAAUGCCACUGUUGCCUUCCCAGUACUGGUACUACAUGAUCGAACUAGGCUUCUAUAUCUCGCUGAUUUUUAGCGUUGCAACGGAUGUUAAGCGUAAGGAUUUCAAAGAGCAGAUAAUUCACCAUGUAGCCACCAUUUCCCUCAUCAGUUUCUCCUGGCUGGUCAACUACAUCCGCGCAGGGACUUUGAUCAUGUUGGUGCAUGAUGCCUCCGACUAUUUAAUGGAGUCAGCCAAAAUAUUCAACUAUGCAGGUUGGAAGAAAACCUGCAACAUCAUCUUCACAGUGUUUGCUGCCGUUUUCAUUGUCACCCGCCUCGUAAUCCUCCCCUUCUGGAUCAUAUAUACGACGUGGGUGUACCCCCUGACCCUCUACCCCCCCUUCCUCGGCUUCUACUUCUUCAACGGGCUGAUGCUCGUGCUGCAGGCGCUGCACAUCUUCUGGGCAGUGCUCAUCUUGCGCAUGGUCGUCAAAUUCCUGCCAGGCAACCAGGGCAUUGUCGAGGACGAGCGGAGCGACAAAGAGGAGACAGAUUCUGAAGAUGAAGCGGAGGGACGCGAGCAGAGGGAGAAGUUUAAGAACGGCCACGUGCAGAACGGCCACACUCUCCUGAACAACAACCACAGCAAGGCGGACUGAUUGGACUGUGAGAGCUGGAGAGUGGGCCGAGUGAGGGGUGUGGACGGGCCCUCACAUGUGGCCUCCACCUAAAAGCCAAAGAACGGGAGCGUGGCAUGUUGCACAUAUCUACAUACAGACACACACCUGUUUCGUUCCCCUCCUUUCUGAAACCCCAGUAGUCCAAAGUGGAUCAUUUCACUUCUUUUGUGGGGAGAACAAGACUGAUGGAGAACAAAAUUGAUCUGCUAAGCAGCAGUGUGGUUUAUCACAACACACACACACACACACACACACACACACACAC